CUCAUCUCGAGCGCAGAAGACGAGCAAAGACCGAAAAGGCUUAAAACUUUCAGGGUUUUAAAAAACCCACGUGUAGGAGAAGACGCUCAUGACCACAAUAAACAUGGCGAAAUCUGCUUAGGGUUGGUGCUUGACUGGGGUUACGCACACCGGCGUGCUGCAAACCAGCUCUGGGCGGCCCUGGAUAGGUUGUAGUUCUGCGCGUUGCAGAACGCAGACUUCGGCUGGACGCGACUGAGGUAACACCAGUGCUCCUUCCCGAAAGCUUCUGGUUCUCGGACGUGCCCUCUCUCGUUUCGGUGUGCAGAGCCCCGCCGACUGUCCUUCAACUUGCUUUGCCCCAUGUGUACCAGAAUCUGUGCUGCAUAGUUUGAGCCUGAUAGGAUUGACUUUACAAAUGAGACAUUUAAGUCACGUCUGCCAAGAAGUGUGAUUUGAAUAAAACUUUAACUUACACAAGUUUUCAGGUGUUUUUAACCUGAGUUAUCAGCUGUCUGCAGUUAACUCAUAACCUGAAGGGUGGAUGGCCCUGAAGGGGAGGGAUAAGAACUGCGGAUCUUAGAUACUCUGAGGACCCACUACUGUGUAAUCCUACCUAUGAAAUCAUGUGCUGACAGCCCCAAAGCGAGCAUAAACCAGGGACUCUGAUAUCAUGCAGCAGAAGAGCAAAUUAUUUCUCCAGGCUUUGAAGUAUAGUAUUCCUCGCCUUGGGAAAUGCAUGCAGAAACAGCACUUGAAUCACUGUAACUUCGCUGAUCAUUAUUACAAUAGAAUAAAAUUGAAAAAAUAUCACCUAACCAAGUGUCUGCAGAAUAAACCCACGAUAUCAGAGUUAGCAAGAAACAUCCCAAGUCGGAGCUUCUCAAGUAAGGAUUUUCUGCCUAUUAAACAAGAAAACGAAAAAUCACUUUCAAAAAACAUGGAUGUGUUUGAAAAAGUGAGAACAAAAUUAGAAACACAGCCACAAGAAGAAUACGAAAUCAUCAAUGCAGAGGUUAAGCAUGGUGGUUUCGUUUAUUAUCAGGAAGGUUGCUGCUUGGUUCGUUCCAAAGAUGAAGAAGCAGAUAAUGAUAAUUACGAAGUUUUAUUCAAUUUGGAGGAACUUAAGUUAGACCAACCCUUCAUUGAUUGUAUCAGAGUUGCUCCUGAUGAAAAAUAUGUAGCUGCUAAGAUAAGAACUGACGAUUCUGAAGCAUCUACCUGUAUAGUUGUGAAGCUCAGUGAUCAGCCUGUAAUGGAAGCCUCUUUCCCAAAUGUGUCCAGUUUUGAAUGGGUAAAGGAUGAAGAAGAGGAAGAUGUCUUAUUCUACACUUUCCAAAGGAACCUUCGCUGUAAUGAUGUGUAUCGAGCAACUUUUGGUGAUAACAAACGUAAUGAACGUUUUUACACAGAAAAGGACCCAAGCUAUUUUGUUUUCCUUUAUCUUACAAAAGACAGUCGUUUCCUCACCAUAAAUAUUAUGAACAAGACUACUUCUGAAGUGUGGUUGAUAGAUGGCCUAAGCCCUUGGGACCCACCAGUACUUAUCCAGAAGCGAAUACAUGGAGUCCUUUACUACGUUGAACACAGAGAUGAUGAAUUAUACAUUCUCACUAAUGUUGGCGAGCCUACAGAAUUCAAGCUCAUGAGAACAGCAGCUGAUACCCCUGCUAUCAUGAACUGGGAUUUAUUUUUCACAAUGAAGAGAAAUACCAAAGUUGUAGACUUGGACAUGUUUAAGGAUCACUGCGUUCUGUUCCUGAAGCACAGCAAUCUACUUUACGUUAAUGUGAUUGGUCUGGCUGAUGAUUCAGUUCGGUCUCUAAAGCUCCCUCCUUGGGCCUGUGGAUUCAUAAUGGAUACAAAUUCAGACCCGAAGAACUGCCCGUUUCAGCUUUGCUCUCCAAUACGCCCCCCAAAAUAUUACACAUACAAGUUUGCAGAGGGCAAACUGUUUGAGGAAACUGGGCAUGAAGACCCAAUCACAAAGACUAGUCGUGUUUUACGUCUGGAAGCCAAAAGCAAGGAUGGAAAAUCAGUGCCAAUGACCAUUUUCCAUAAAACGGAUUCUGAGGACUUGCAGAAGAAACCUCUCCUGGUACAUGUAUAUGGAGCUUAUGGAAUGGAUUUAAAAAUGAAUUUCAGACCUGAAAGGCGGGUGUUGGUGGACGAUGGAUGGAUAUUAGCAUAUUGCCAUGUUCGAGGUGGUGGUGAGUUAGGCCUCCAGUGGCACGCUGAUGGCCGUCUAACUAAAAAACUCAAUGGCCUUGCUGACUUAGAGGCUUGCAUUAAGACGCUUCACGGCCAAGGCUUUUCUCAGCCAAGUCUAACAACCCUGACUGCUUUCAGUGCUGGAGGGGUGCUUGUGGGAGCAUUGUGUAAUUCUAAUCCAGAGCUGCUGAGAGCUGUGACUUUGGAGGCACCUUUUUUGGAUGUUCUCAACACCAUGAUGGACACUACACUUCCUCUGACAUUAGAAGAAUUAGAGGAAUGGGGGAAUCCUUCAUCUGAUGAAAAACACAAGAACUACAUAAAACGUUACUGUCCCUAUCAAAAUAUUAAACCACAGCAUUAUCCUUCCAUUCACAUCACGGCUUACGAAAACGAUGAGCGUGUACCUCUAAAAGGAAUUGUAAACUAUGCUGAGAAACUCAAUGAAGCCAUUACAGAGCAUGCUAAGAACACUGGUGAAGGCUAUCAGGCCCCCAAUGUUGUUUUAGAUAUUCAGCCUGGAGGUAAUCAUGUGAUUGAGGAUUCUCACAAAAAGAUCACAGCCCAAAUUAAAUUCUUGUACGAGGAACUUGGACUUGACAGCACCAGUGUUUUUGAGAAUCUUAAGAAGUACCUAAAAUUCUGAAAUGCUGCAUUCCAUGGGAAUUGGAAACACACUGAAAUAUUUCAUAGUCUUAUUUCCAGUUGGGUAAGCAAAAGUGAGAUAUUUUUUUUUUAAGUUAGUAAUUUUUUAAAAUCUGCUUCUCCAUCCCAGUUUUGUCUAGUGUACAUCUCACUUGCUUAUACUGUUCUGUCAUUGGUGCACAUGCCCCUGAACCUACGAAAGUAGUUUUCAAACCAUGCUCCUCAGAAGGACAUGGACUUGGGGGUGAAGGAAGGAUUGGUGACAGCACAACUCUCCCCACCUCCUUCAGAACAGCUUUUUGUCUGUUCUGACAUUUUCUUUGAAAAGUUUACAAAUCAAGGUCCUGCCUCUUUGCUAGUGAACGUUUUUAGACACUUCAGUAAGUUAUCCUGCAAUUUCUAUGCCUGUAUUUUAUGAAAAAAGAUAACAUUCUUCACAUUAGAAUUCACCAGAUCUUUCUAAUCUGGAGUCCUAAGGUGUUCCCAUCAUCUCUCUUAUAUUGACUCAAUAAAGUUACAAGUUCUACAAGCGAUAAUUUUAUUAUUUUUUAAAAACAUUUGGGAACCUUUUCUAAAGCAGUUAUAUUUACCCAGCAGCAUGCUGUACGUGAAGUUACUGCAAAUGCUUAUAAUAGGAUGCCAGUGUCUUCAUCUCUUUCAUAAAGGUGCCUAACACAGGCUGUGCAGUAUGUUUAAUACACUGGAAUAGCAUGCCCGAUUGGAAACAAAACAUCUGUCUCUGAAAGCAGUUUGGUGAUGAAGGAGAUUUUUCCUGUUGUAUUCAAGGAUGAGGCCUUCUCCUUUGUCCAGUAAAAUGGCAUCCGUAUCAACUUCACUGCCUUUGUAGGCAGAAUUGGUACUUAACCUUAUCCUCAUUCUUCUGGGAAUAUUGGAAAUCAUUUCCUCUAGAUUUACCACUGUUGAUUCUCCAAAAUUCAGAACCACAAGAAAGACUCUGUCGAUGCCAUCCAGCUCUCUUGUGUACACGACAGAGUGGCUGUCAUUCUGCAAAUAGCAAAACCAGCCCCUGCUGAGGAGCAGCUCGUUGGCAUGAAGCAGACUUAAUUCUUGAUAUAACUUCAGUGCUGAUCUGGAGUCAGUCUUUUGGACCUAUUUUAAAAAAAAAAUUGUUUGAUUCUAAGAGUUGUUGGGGUUUUUUUUAAAUAUAUUUUUAGUAUCAUCUAGGACCUUAUUUCCUAAAAAAAUUUGCCUCGGUUUUGCCCCUUAAAAUGACUACCAAAUUGUUAAGUAUUGAUAGGUAAGUAAGAAUAGUUUAUUUGAGAGAUCGCAAAUGCAGGGAGUCAUUGUUUGCUCAGUGCUUUGCUACAUCUUGGCCAGAGAUGAUGAGGGACCAAAUUUGACUCCACUUUAGGAAUUCCAAAGCGAAUGUCCAUGUGUAAGUUAUCUGGUAUUUAACGUGCCUAAGUACAGUCCCUUUAUGCUACACUGUAACUGGUAGAAGAGCAGCCACUGUGGCCAUGGACUCGGAGGGCCUCUCUGUUCUUUUUUGUAGCAAUGUGGGUUGCGUUACCUUAAGACAUGUAUUCCUUGCAUGGCUAAUGGUGAACAGAAAGUUGCAAAAAAGGAUGCAAAGUGCUGCCUAAAGGGAAAGUUAAAAAUCGUACUUCUUUAAUGUGUGUCCAUUAAGGAAGAUCAGGCUUUAUUUCACAGCUAUAUAAAACAUAAACAAUUUAAUGUCGUGUUUUCCUUUAACAUUUUAGGCAUCUUCUCCUGUUACUAUGUUAAAAUGUCAUUUUAAUAAUGACAGGAUAAUAUUCUAUUGGAUGGAUAUACCAUACUUAACCAUCUCUCUCAUUUCAGCAUUCAACUUUCUAAUAUUUUCAGUGCCUCCCCCAUAUUUGGGUUAUUUAUUUAGAAUAGAAAGACAAUUACUAUGUCAAAGAGUAUGGACACUUGAUACGUAAUGCCAAAUUAGUCUUCGUAAGAGCUGUUGCCAAAUCAGUGGUAGUGUUCAUUUCCUUGGACUCUGUUGACUGCAGUGGUGGUGGCUGUUGUUGCUGUUACCAUUGUUUGGGGGCAGGUGCCUAAUGUGUGGUCUUCGGUGAACAUUACUGAAUGUUUGAAAAAAAUGUUUAUUCUCUGUAAUCAGGUACAAAGGUAUUUAUGGUACAUGUAUAUGGUAUAUGUAUAUGACUUGUCAAAUUACUAUUAACAUUUUCUAUAGCCUUAGAUAAUGCAUGGAAAAGCCUAGUUCAGUGCCACUCACAAAGAAGUGCUGAGUAAGUGUUAACUAUUAUUUGUGUCUACUUCCUAAAAAUAUGUUGACAUGUCUCUCUGUAAUUGUGGGUUUGUCAGUUUCUCUUGGCAUUUCUCAUAGUACUUGUUUUAUAAAUUUUGGAGCUACUGUUAGAUGCACAGAUUCAUGACUUGUAGUGGAAUGUUCUUUUAUCAAUUUUUGAAAAUUGCAUUUGUCUCAUAACGCUUUUCAUAUUGAAUUCUAUUUUGUCUGCUAUUAAAUAUUUCCACACCUGC